AUGGAUUUUUUGAAUCUUUCUCAUAACCUUUUAACUGGGUUUGAACAAAAUCCUGUUAUUUUUCAAUGGGCUCAGAUUCGAACCCUAGAUCUUAGGUCUAAUCAGCUUCAAGGAUCCCUUCCAUUGCCACCACCAUCCACCAUUUCCUACCUGAUUUCACACAACCAAUUGACAGGUGAACUUUCUCCGUUGAUUUUCAAUUUAUAUUCUCUUGAAAUUCUGGACGUAUCCUUCAAUAAUUUAACCCGUCAACUUCCUCAUUGUUUGAGCAAUUUCAGUUCACUGUCUGUGUUGGAUUUGAAAAGAAACAAUUUUCAUGGAAUUAUUCCUGCAGCCUGGAGAGACGAUUGUAAAUUGAGAAUGAUUAGCAUCAGUUACAAUCAAUUACAAGUACAAGUUCCAAAAUCAUUAGCCAAUUGUUCAUCGUUACAGUUGGUUGAUUUUGGUAACAACCAAAUAACUGAUACAUUUCCUUCUUGGUUAGGAAACCUUUCAGAGUUGAGAAUUCUGAUUUUGAGAUCUAACCAUUUUUAUGGUGUGAUAGAUCAAAAACCCAAAACCAAAGGCUUCCCAAGUCUUCGAAUCAUCGACUUAUCCGGCAAUGGUUUCGUUGGAAAGCUGCCAUCGGAGUACAUAGACAUGUGGGAAGCCAUGAAAACCAUCCAAGCAAACCACAUGACAUACAUGGGGGAAAAUAUAAGGCCCAAUUUCAUAGACGUUGAUACUUACUAUGGGGAAUAUGAUUACUCAAUGACUAUGUUCAACAAAGGAGUGAAACUGGAAUACGACAAGAUUCAAGAUAUUUUCCUUGCCAUUGAUUUCUCCAACAACAGAUUUGAAAGAAAAAUCCCAGAAAUCAUUGGAAACCUUAAAGGGCUUAAUCUCCUCAACCUUUCAAACAACCUUCUCAAGGGUCACAUACCACCAUCUUAA